AUGGACCCGUUCGAGGUGCGGAUCCGCUUCACGGGCCUGCUGCAGCACCUGAACGCCAGCCUGACGAGCGCGAAUAAGGCAGCGCAGUAUGCGUUGAAGUAUCGCGAUAUGGAUGAGGAUUUACAUAGCUGUAUUUUGGAGCAGUUGGAGCGUAACACAAUGAACAUCCGAGCAAACAUCAUGUACUUCCUAGAGUACCUCUGCGACAUGGCCGCCCGCGAAAACCACUGGGACUACGUACGCAUGAUCCAGAGGGACAUCCUUCGCAUUGUCGAUGCCGUAGCCCCCGAAGACGGUUCCGGCGCCGCCAACGUAAAGGUCGUUCGUAAAGUCCUCAAAGCCCUGGAAAUCAAGACAUUCUUGCUUGCACAAACUGUAGGAGAGAUUGAAGAGUGUUUGAAAGAGAGAGAUAUUGCGCCUGACACGGUGGGAUUGUCAAGUCCUUUGGGACCACAGGAGGGUAGGAAUGGGGAUAGCAAGGAAGCGAGUACUCCGACUGGGAAAGGAGCAAGGGGAACCCCGUUUGGGAAGUUAGAUCGCAAACAAGCUGAACAGAGAAUUGAGGAGGAUAGAGAGAGGCAUAAGAGGCAAAGAGAGACGGCAUGGGCGGUUUCGAGGGACGAGAAUGAGUUUGAGCGAGUUUGGAAUGAGACGGGAGACUUGGGGGAGGAUGACUUUGAGAUGUGGAAGGAAGAGGCUGAAGAGAGGACCCGUGCUGGGAGAGAGUGGAAGGAGGAGUAUCUUGGACGAAUUGGAGGUGGUGGUGGCGAGUGA